GCGGUGCACUGGGAGGCACAAGCCACAUUUGUCAAGCAUACCCCAAGCAACAUGGCUGAUUUCAACGCAAUCCUCGAGAAGACCAAGGCCUUCAGCAAGAAGCCCCCCACGGAGGUGUACCUGGAGUUCUACGGCCUGUACAAGCAGAUCCACGAGGGCGACAUCGCCAUCGAGAAGCCCGCCGACGCCGAGGGAGCUGCCAAGUACGAUGCCUGGCUGAGCCGCAAGGGACUGUCCGUCGAUGACGCCAAGGCCGCCUACAUCGCCCUGUACGAGAAGUACAACCCCAUCUACGGAUAAGCUAUCUCUAAAGACUCUAUGCGACACCCCAAUAAAUCUUGACCACCUGUGAACUAAA